AUCCCUUCGCUCGGGCGUUGCGGCGGGGGGGAGCGGACGUGACAGGCGGAGCGGCUGGGCGCAGGCUGCCGGAGACGGAGGGCGAUGGUCGUCCCCAGAGGACAGGAGUAUCAGGCCCCCCAGGAGGUUGAAACAAGAGAAGAUGAGGAACAAAACAUCAAGUUGAGUGAAAUUUUGGAACUGUUGGUGGCUGCUGGGUAUUUUCGAGCAAGAAUCAAGGGGUUGUCACCCUUUGACAAGGUGGUAGGCGGCAUGACAUGGUGUAUCACCACCUGCAGCUUUGAUAUCGAUGUCAAUUUAUUGUUUCAGGAAAACUCUACUAUUGGUCAAAAAAUUGCCUUAACUGAAAAAAUUGUGUCAGUAUUACCAAAAAUGAAGUGUCCUCAUCGUUUGGAACCACAUCAGAUCCAGGGACUGGAUUUCAUUCAUAUAUUUCCUGUUGUACAGUGGCUGGUGAAACGUGCAAUAGAAACAAGGGAAGAAAUGGGAGACUAUAUCCGUUCUUACUCUAUAUCACAGUUUCAGAAAACCCACACACUACCAGAGGAUGAUGAGUUUAUGCAAAGAAAAGAGAAGGCUAUCAAAACUGUUACCGAUAUCUUUGAGGUUUAUAAACCCCAGAGAAAAUAUAGACGUCAGAAGGGAGCUGAAGAACUGCUAGACGAGGAAUCAAAGGUUCAUGCUACGCUUCUGGAGUAUGGCAGGAGAUACGGAUUUAGCAGACAAGCAGGAAAAACAGAACAGGCUGAAGAUAAAAAAGUUGUGCUACCUCCAGGGCUUGCAGCAGCAGGAAAAGCUGACCCUUGUGAUGAAGAUGACCUCCAGGCUGCUGAAGAGCUCCGCAUUAAAACUCUGAUGACUGGAAUGGCUGCAAUGGCAACAGAAGAGGGCAAAUUGACAGCAAGCACUGUUGGCCAGAUUGUUGGACUCCAAUCAGAUGAAAUCAAGCAAAUAGUGUCAGAAUAUGCUGAAAAGCAAUCUGAACUUUCUGCUGAGGAGCGACCAGAGAGGCUUGGAGCUGCCCAGCAACACAGGAGGAAGGUGGCAUCUCUGAAUAAACAGAUUUUACAGAAAACCAAACUUCUAGAAGAGUUGCAGGCCAAAUGUGCUGAUCUACAAGCAAAAUGUACUGAAGCAACAAAGACAUUAACUGAGGUUAAGAGUUACAGUGAAAAGCUGGACAAAGAGUUGGCAGCUUUAGAAACAAUAGAAUCUCAAGCAGAUUCUAGCAUGUUACAGAGUCUGCGGGCGCUGGUAGCCAUGAACGAAAACCUAAAAAGCCAGGAGCAAGAGUUCAAAGCACACUGUAGGGAAGAAAUGGAGAGACUCCAACAAAACAUUGAGUGCUUGAAAGCUGAGGCAUUGGAAAAUGAGGAGGAAGAGGAGCCAAAUAAGAUCAUAGAACAGCAGUACAAAACUGAGAAAGAGAAACUUCAAAAGAUCCGACUCUUACUGGCACGAAGAAACAGAGAAAUAGCCAUUUUACAACGCAAGAUUGAUGAAGUACCCAGCCGAGCUGAGCUAACACAGUAUCAGAAGAGAUUUAUUGAACUUUACAGUCAGGUCUCGGCAACUCACAAAGAAACGAAGCAGUUCUUUACUCUUUAUAAUACACUGGAUGAUAAGAAAGUAUAUUUGGAAAAGGAGGUUAACUUACUGAAUUCUAUUCAUGACAACUUUCAUCAAGCAAUGGCAUCUUCUGGUUCUCGGGAGCAGUUUUUACGGCAGAUGGAGCAGAUUGUAGAAGGCAUCAAACAGAAUCGAAUGAAGAUGGAAAAGAAGAAGCAAGAAAACAAAAUGCGAAGAGACCAGUUGAAUGAUGAGUACUUAGAGCUUCUAGAGAAACAGAGACUUUACUUUAAAACAGUGAAAGAAUUUAAAGAGGAAUGUCGUAAGAAUGAACUUCUGCUGUCCAAGCUGAAAGCAGGUUCAUCCUGAGAAACUCCAGCUGCUGAAGUUCACAGAUGAUUGUUCAACCCAUCGAACCUCGUUUGUGAGGUGACAGUUCCAACUGCAAUGUAGAUAUAUAGAGAUAUAUAUAUAUAUAUAUAAAAAUAUAUACGCACAGCUGUAAAAGUCUGUUUAUUUUCCCAGUAUGUAUUCAGUUUUACAUUCCUUCAUCUCAUGGCUGUAUUAUUCAUUAUUGCCUCCACCUCACAGUAAAGACUUAACAUAGUACAGCAAAUAGAAAUAUUGUCUAAUUUUAUUUAUUUGGGUUUGGGUUUGGUUUUUUUUUCCCCCACAGUCAGGACAGUGGGGUUUUUUUACAUUGAGGUUUUAACACUGAAUCAGCUCAACAUACUGGAAUAAGUAGAUAUGUACUGUGGACUAUGUCCAGUAGCACAAGCUCAGCACUGCAGAAUGCAGUGAUUUGUUAAUUUUGGCCAAAAAAUAAAGCCACAUAAUGAGAUAAUGGAAACUCUCUUCACCAGCUAAUAACUUCACGUUAAUUUACACUUUAGCCAUAGAUAAGAUUCUAAAGGAUAACGAAAUCAUUUCUAAUGGUUAAGACAUAAUGGAAGCUUACCUUGGAUAAUUCCUGGUGUAAAAUGAUAGAUCUAUAUUUUUAUAAAGUCUAGCUGUUGUAUAAAUUUCUUGGAAAUUUCAUUUUUAUAUACAGAGAGAGUGUGCUUGUUAAAUUAAUAGCUCCAGGAAAAACACUAGGACCGUCAUGUUAUCCCUGGCUGGGAUGAAAAGCAAAGUCUGUGUCACCUGUAAUAUCAGAAGAUAGAGAUUCAGACAUUCUGCUGAGACAAACAGAUGCUCGCCCCUGAAGGCAACCACGUGCUUACCCUGCUGAAGAGCUGCCCUGCACAGUUCAGAAACUUUAUGGAACACUUUCUGAAACAUCUUUUGUAUCUGUAUAUAUGGUAUUUUAUAAUUCAGUUGCUUUUUGUACUUCAGGAUUUUGGACUGACUUCUUAAUGUACAUCACACCUUCAGGAGAGGAAAGCCCAUGUUGUUUUUGCCCAGGGACACUCACAGCGCUGUUCCAUCACCUUCCAUGGCAGCAAAUAGAAAAUAAAGAAUGUUUGGAAUCCAGCAACUCCCUGCUGUUGUGUUUUUAAGGUGGAAUUUCCUUCAGAAGCCUUCAUAUGCUUUUGAAUUAUAAGUGCAUUAAAAGAUGAUGUGUGUCGAUAUUCCCUCCCAAGGGUGUUUUGUUGUGUCAUGGCAAUCAGGAACAUUUUGUUUUGUCUUACUGUGUUCAUUUUGGUAUUUGCUUGGUGUUUUGGUAUUUGGCACAAACCCUCAAACCAAAGGAGAUCCAUGGGAGGUUACCUUUGUCUUUUACAAGUAUCUGCUUAAGAUACAGCUUUCUCAGUGGAGAUGGCAGCAGUUCAUCACACUACAACAGCUGAUUCCACUCCUUUUGAAUACAACGGGAGAUUUGAUAUUGGUGUGUGAAUUUAUGCAAACUCUGCAGCAUUGAAAAUGGAGACGCCUCAGCAUUUGAGCCUUGCACAAGGAGAUAGCUGAGGGUCUGUCCAAGUGAAAUGCAGUGAACUGCCUGAACUGUGAUACACCAGGGUCCAUGAGAUAUACUUUCUUAUAAAUGGGACUGGUUUUGUGACAACCCAAAACACUUUUCCUCCUCUUGCACUACAGACAAAACCAAAACCUUUCUACGGAGCCAGCUUGUACCUUACUCCCCUCACUAGUUAGUGACAGAAUGUGUACCAGCUGCUUCUCUGUAUCUAUUAAAAAAGUCAGUCUUCCCGAGCUAGUGAAACAAUGAAGGCAACAUUACAUUCCAGAGUACCUUCAAAGAAAGGAAAAGUCACAUUCCUAGUUCUUUCAAAGGAGGGAACUUGGAUUGAGUGUUACUUGCAGACUUUCUGUAGACAGCUUUGAUAUGAGGAGACAUUAUUUAUGGCUACAAACUUUGCUCUCUGUAAAAACUGUUAUUCUCCUUCUAAUUUGUAAAUUAAAGGAUUUAAAUUUGGCACCAAGAUAA